UGAAAUACAGAACAACUGUGUUAGAAAAACGAAAAUGGGCAAUCGUCAUGCCAAAGCAAGGAGUCAUCAGGGUUUUGAUGUGGAUCGGGAUGCCAAAAAGCUGAACAAAGCCUGUAAAGGAAUGGGAACCAAUGAACCAGCCAUCAUUGAGAUAUUAUCAAGCAGGACAUCUGAUGAGAGGCAACAAAUCAAGCAGAAGUACAAGGCAACGUAUGGCAAGGACCUGGAGGAGGUGUUCGAGAGUGAACUGAGUGGCAACUUCGAGAAGACAGCCUUGGCCCUUCUGGACCGCCCCAGCGAGUACGAUGCCCGGCAACUGCAAAAGGCCAUGAAAGGUCUGGGCACAGAUGAGGCGGUGCUCAUCGAGGUCCUGUGCACAAGAAGCAAUAAGGAGAUCAUCGCCAUUAAGGAAGCCUAUCAAAGGUUAUUUGACAGGAGCCUUGAAUCAGAUGUCAAAGCUGAUACCAGUGGAAACCUAAAAAAGAUUCUGGUGUCCCUGCUACAGGCUGAUCGUGAUGAAGGAGAUGACGUGGACAAAGAUCUAGCUGGUCAGGAUGCCAAAGAUCUGUAUGAUGCAGGGGAAGGCCGCUGGGGCACUGACGAGCUCGCCUUCACCGAAGUCCUGGCCAAGAGGAGCCACAAGCAAUUACGUGCCACCUUUCAAGCCUACCAGAUCCUCAUCAACAAAGACAUCGAAGAGGCCAUUGAAGAAGAAACGUCAGGAAAUCUGCAGAAGGCCUACUUAACUCUCG